ACAAAUAAAAAAUUUUUGCCCCUGUAAUAGAGAAUUGGGGGGGGGUACAAAAUCAAUCGAUUGUGAUUGGAAGAUCUGUACUCGAAUCCAAAAGUGAAAACUUUAAACGAGAAUUUCUUAUUAGAAAAUAGAAACAAUCCUUUGUGCAACUGCUAUAAAAAUACACUAUCCAUAAUGAUGAAAUGAAGCAUUUCAACCACAAGGGAAAAUGUCCAAAAAGUCAGACAUCAUCAAACAAAACAGACUUGUCCCCAGGACUACACAAAUAUCCAAAAUCAACGGACAUCGGUUGCUAUGGUAUCAGAUGUAAUCAAUACAAGCGUACAAAAGAUGCUGUAUAUUUUCUGAAUAAAAAUAGCCCUAAAACGCACACACUCAUCAGUAUAUUUAUGAUAAAUAAUAUAUAGUGUCGCACUCUAGACAAUCGAUCGAAUAAAAAUGAAAAACAGGAGGGAAAAUCGCGAAGAACGAGAAAAGAUCUUCAAUCACACAACAAAUUCAAAAUGCCAAAUUAACUUCAAAAGGAGGAACAAAGAUAAAGAAGAGGGAAGAGGAAGAUUCAACACAGGCUGGUGAUGAACUAGAUGAGUGGACUCAGCCGAAACAGUUGAUCAAGCCCAGUGACCAAUUGGAACUAACCGAAGCUCAACUUCAAGAAGAAUUCACCAGAAUACUAACAGCAAACAACCCUCAUGCACCGAACAAUAUUGUCAGAUUUAGCUAUAAGGAUAAAACAUUCAAGCCACUUUCAAGUGUUGAUCAACUUGCUGUUCAUUUUUCUAUGGAUGGAAACAUGCUUCAUAGAGAAUCAGAUGAAGCAAAAAGACAGUUGACAAAACAAGGAAUAGCAGUAGGAUCAGACAGUGAAGAAGAGGAAGAAAAUGAGGAAGAAGAAACACAAGCUGAUGAUGGAGGCAAAGAAUCUGCUGAAAAGACAGAGUCAUCUCUCACUCAUGAUGGGGAAAAGAAAUUGACAAACCAAUUCAAUUUCUGCGAAAGAGCAUCACAAACAUACAACAAUCCUUAUAGGGAGAGGGAAACACAAACGGAACCUCCACCAAGAGCCAACUUCUCUGCAACGGCUAAUCAGUGGGAAAUCUAUGAUGCAUAUGUUGAAGACCUGCGAAGACAAGAGAAGAACAAAGAAAAAGAGACAAGGAAAUCGAACAAGAAGGACGACGACAAGAAAAAGAAAUUAAGUCAGAUGGACAGUCAGGGUGACGAUGUGACGCGAAUUGCAAGACCAGCAAAAAUCGUUGAACGUAUGGUAAAUCAGAACACUUUCGACGAGUACGCUCAAGAUUUCAAGUAUUGGCAAGACGCCUCAGAUGAAUACAAGGAACAAGAAGGUAGUCUGUUACCGUUAUGGAAAUUUUCUUAUGAAAAAUCGAAACGUCUUGCCGUCACUGCCCUUUGCUGGAACCACAAAUAUCACGACCUCUUUGCUGUCAGUCAUGGAUCAUAUGAUUUCCUGAAACAAUGCCACGGAAUGAUCUGUUUCUACAGUUUGAAAAAUCCUUCGCAUCCAGAAUACAUCUUUCAGACAGAAAGUGGAGUGAUGUGCUUGGAUGUACAUCCUGAACAUUCUAAUCUUGUCACCGUUGGUUUUUACGAUGGAAGCGUGGCCGUGUACUCAGCGUGCGAUAAGCAGUCGAAACCGUUGUAUUGCUCAACAGCAAAAACGGGAAAACACACAGAUCCAGUAUGGGAGGUGAGAUGGCAGAAAGAUAAUUUGGACAAUAAUCUCAAUUUCUUCUCUGUUUCAUCUGAUGGUCGAAUUGUUCAAUGGACUAUAGUCAAGAGCGAACUUCACUACACCGACAUCAUAACGUUGAAGUUAAAUACCGGUGAUGCAAAUGAUGGCGAUGGUUCGAAACUUGAAAGUUUAGGUUGUGGGACAGCCUUCGACUUCCAUAAGACAACGGACUAUCUGUUCUUAGUGGGCACUGAAGAGGGGAAAAUCCACAAGUGUUCAAAAGCUUACUCAAGUCAAUUUUUGACAACAUUUCAGGCUCAUCAUAUGGCCGUGUAUGCCGUCAAGUGGAAUCACUUUCACCCGAAGACUUUCAUAUCGUGUAGUGCCGACUGGACUGUCAAAGUUUGGGAUCAUACAUAUAACGAAGCAAUGUUUACCUUUGAUAUGAACAAUUCGGUUGGUGAUGUUGCAUGGGCACCUUAUGCUUCCACCGUUUUUGCUGCUGUGACGGCUGAUGGGAAGGUCCAUGUUUACGACCUUGCUGUGAAUAAGUACGAACCAAUAUGCGAGCAGUCAAUCGUUGCAAAGAAAAAGACAAAAUUGACACAUCUGUCCUUUAACCCGGUCCAUCCAUUGGUCAUUGCCGGUGACGACAGAGGUUAUGUUUCCUCGCUAAAACUUUCACCAAAUUUAAGAAAAGCGACGGCUCCAAAGGAAAAAGCCAAAGGACCAGAAAAUGAGAUUGCGAAGAUGGACAAGUUGUUAAGUUUGGUGCGAGAGCCGUCGGAUAAAAACAACUGAUUUUCCGCCUUUUUGAAAGAAUGAAGUCUAUUUAACUCUUUGUAGUCUUAUGUCCACCUUUUUUUAAAACGUAUUUGGAUAUUUUGUAAAUAGAUAAGAACGAGAAUGGACUUGUGUUGUUUCAGGUUAUUUGUUUACCUCUAUAAACCUUCGACUCGUUCAAAACAAUAAAUCAUCAUUUUCGCCAA